AUGCAUUUUUUAUGGGACUUUCUAGACUACUGGAUUUUUAACAAUGCUUGGAUACCAAUCCUAUUUACAAUUUUUCUAGGAGUUGUUUUUGAGUUAAUCCUUAUAAGAACUUGUGAAUUCAUUAAGAAGAAGUUUGAGCUAUGGGAAAAUCGUAGUUUGGGUUCUCAGCAGCAGAAUGAAGAUAGUUUCCCAAAAGGCAUGACAUUUGAGAGCUGGUCAAUUACCCACACAUCUACAGAAGAAAGAGUUAAAACCUUUUCAGGAAGAAUAACAACCACUCAGUCAUCCAGUGACUUUGCAUUUCAAGGGAGCCGUUUUUGUGAAAGUUACUCAUAUUCAGGUGGGACCAGGGAAUCUUUGUCACUGUUUCACAGGAAUGUAAAGAAAAAUUUCAUAAGCCACAGAAUAGAAUCGGAAAGAGAAUAUCAAGAAGUACAAUUUUCCACCAAACAUUUAUUUUCAAUAAUGAAAACAAACAGUACAAAACCCACACUUCCUGAUGACCUUAGUUUUGAAAACUCUUUUACAUUUACAAGAGAUAAGGAUCUCGAUGUGACACCAUGCCCUUCUGUGCAUUUACUUCUUUCUAGCAACCAAAUCAAACAUGUGGAAGAAAACAUAAGAAGAAAAACUCCUGUGAACCCCAGAGUUAUGCUAGUAAGGAAAGGUGAUUAUCUGCACCACAGAUCUCAGGAGCCAUUGAUUCAUAAUCAACAUCCUAAAGAAAUGGUUACUCCUGCUGAAGCACAAGAUACCUUCCUAAACAAAAAUGUUAUUCAGAAUGAAAUGAUUCCUGAACCACAGUUUACUAACCACACCCAACAAUUUAUUCACAUCCACCAAGAGUCAGCCAGCAACCAGCUUGGAUUUGCUCAGUCUCUAGAUUUUACGAGAGUGCCAUUUUCUAACAGCCCACAAGACUCCUUCCAGACCCAAGAUAUACAUCAUAAAGAAAAGAGCCAACAUUUCAUUCACAUGCCAUGUAUUGUUGAAACACAAGACUUAACCAAGGACAUCGAGUCUGAUGGACAUUUCAAUGAUACCCAAUAUUCCCUUUAUUUUAACGACCCAAACAAGAAUAACCAUUUAGUCAAGGGGCAAAAUAGUGUUUUCCAGAGUGCUGACUUUCUAUCUUUAAGUCCAAAUGCAUUUGCUAAAGCAUACAAUUCAAUGUCUCUUUCAACAACCAUUAAAAUGCAGAGAAAUAGAAAGACACCAGACAAUGAAAGAAAACUAAAUCUUAAAGUUCCAUCUCUGAAAGCAAAGAAAAUAUCGUAUUCACAGGUAUUUCCAAUCAUAGUAUGUCACACUUUAGAAAAUAAGAUUGAAUUAAGAUGCAAGAAAAAGAAAAUAAUACAUCAAAGGAAAAUAAUAUCAGAUAUAGCUUUGCAUCUUAUUUCUGUAUCUAAGCUUAUCACUCCCCAUGCUAAGAAGUAUUUCUUAAGCCAUCUACUGAAGGUCACUCCAGACUUAAUAAAAUAUGAACGUUUUCUACAGGAGCAAAAUAGGUCACCAGAUGCAAAGAAAAUCAGUUAUUCAAGUUCUACUAAUAGAGUAAGCUUGGGUGUUAUUGAAAACUUAGAACACUCAUUCAUGGUCAACACUGAUGAACUAGAAGCUCCUUGUUCAUUACCUGAAACAAAUGGAGAGAUUAAAGAGUCUGGUGAGGACUCAGGUCAGCAGACAUUUGACCUGAACCUUCCAAAGCAUGAGGGGCUUUCAGAAUCGAUGCAGAAAGAGGUUUCAUUUCCCAAAAUAGAACUGAACAGAAGAAUGAAAGUACAGAAGAGAAUACAGCAUAUAGAGAAUGUAGAUGAGCUAAAAGACAGAACAACAAACACACAAAGGUGCUUUUCAAAAGAAAAAAUGCAGAAAGCCAAAAAUUCAAUGGAAAUCCUUUUCAACUUUUCAGAUAGCAAUUUACUUAUUUCCCUGGAAUCCCCAACGCAUGAGAAAAAUGAGCUGAAAGACAUAAAUGUUCAAGUGGUUACAAGAAGCACAAAUCUGCAGGAACACAAACCAUUAAUGACCAAUAAGCCAAGUGACAGUGAAAAGCUAGAAUGUGACACUAGAAGCAAUGAAAAAAAUAGACAUCAACAUGAAAGGAUGUCAGAUACCUCUCAAAAGACCAUGCAGGCUACCAUUUGGGAACCCUUUGAUACAGAACUAUGUAGCAGAUUAGAAUCCAAGGCAGACACAACAAUAAUAAAUUGUAGUCACCCUGCACUAAAGCAAGAGAAACUACUAGGGGAAAAGGAAACAAAGGAAGUAAAGCAUACUGAUAACUCCAUAGGUAGAAAGCCACAAGAGUGUGACAGAGAGAAGGAAAAAAGAGAAACAGCCCCACCGCUGGCAGAAGAUUUUAGAGCAAUUAUAUGUGUGAAGCAAAAGGAAAAAAGUGCUCAAUUUGAAAUGAGACAGAUCCAUUUGGAAAAUAGAAGAAUUCAAAGCAAAGAAAAAGAAGUACAGUCACAGACUAUUUCUACACAGAAGGUAUGGAAAACUAGAUCAUGUCCUCUGAUAGGUCCACUGCAGGAUGAGAAAUUAAAGCAAAGUACAGACAAACCUACAGACAGAGAAGAGAUUGCCAGUCCCAUAUACCCACUUUCAGUGCAAGAGAACUUGCCCAUUGGUGAGUAUUUAAUUAAAACGACAGAAUGUGGGGUCCCAUUUAGUGGAAAGCCCACAAAGACAUUGGAUGGUCACAGUACAGAAGACAGAGAAGACUUGAAAAAGGACUUAUGUGCAGUUGCCACAAGACCUUUCAAAGUCAGGAAAAAAACAUCAGGAACAAAAAAUCCACUGGAGGAGAUUAAAAUAGAGAAAGAAAUGCUUCAAGCAGAACCUUUCAGAGAAGCAGUUAAAGAGUCAGUUGACUCACUGAGACUGGAUUCAUUUUCAGGUGCAAAUGUGAAGAGCAGUACCUCUACAGAAACAGAGCUCCAAAGUUCUGUAGGGUUAGAGUGGUGUCCUCCAACAUCAGAAAAGUUAACAGUGGGAUACUUUCUGAGCCAAUCAGGAAAGAGUAAUGUCCCAAAUAGUAGGAAAGAUACAAGGGAAACUCGUUGUGGUUUUACCCAGAAACCUUUCUUGUGGUCUUUAAAUUACUGCAUGCCUGUUUUGACUUAUUCUAAAAAAAAGAAAAGCAAAAGAAAAUUCAUAAAUAUAAGAACAGUGAAGCUCAAUAUGAAUAAGGUGAAACCACCACGUUCAAAAACAUUCAGUAUCACAGGCAAUAAAAAGAAGACAAAAUUGGCCAUCAAGGCCAAAUUUAAAAAGACAAAUCAAGCUAAAGCAUUUUUAUCUGACGGUCAAAACACUGUUUGCUCUUCUAUUCAUAGCAGAUUGCAGGAAAUAGUCUGUCAUGCUCAACUAAAGCAAGGAGAACUAGCAAAGAAAACAUGUGUUGAUUAUGUUGCUGAAAGUAAUGCUUUCUAUGAUAGAGAGAAAAACCUUCAAGAAGAGAAACAAAUCCCUUUGGUACAGGUAGCACUUCAGCAUGGCCAAUACCUGUGGGCUGAUGCAGAUCAAAGCAAGAAAGUUAUCUGCAAUGAGCCAGACCCAUCACCUGUGUCCUUACAUCAAGAACAACCUGUUAACAGUCAGAGUGUAAAGUGCAAAAAAGAUUCUCUGCAAAGCACUUUGGAGGCCAGCCUACAAAUGGAUCCCAUAAUAUCUAAAGGAUUACAUAAAGCUACCAAAACAGAAAAUGACAUAAACUUCCCUGUGGUUCCUAAAAUUUUAUCUCCCAAAACAGGGAACUCUUCACCUGGUGAAUUUACAAACGUGACAGAUGAUGACUUAGAAUUUGAUGAAAACUCUGAAAGAGAACUAGAUUCAUAUCCUGUAGAAAAAGACUCAGAGACAUCAACAAAUCUGCAGGUGACAUUCCUGCAGUCUUCUGAUUCUGUUACAAAAUCCUUUGUUUCUAGACUGAAAAGGAAGAAAACAGCACCAAGAUCAAAGAAGCAGACACCAGUGAGUCAGAGACAAAGAGCAAUGAGGGAAAUACCAUCACAGACAGUGAUGCAACUUAAGAUACAACAAAGAAGUGAAAGAUUCACAGCAAAGGGUAACAUAGCAGGUAUCUGUCCAAAACACAUUAGAAAUUCAAAACCAUGGACAGAUAAACAGAGACUAAGAAGACUUGGUUAUAUGCAACUAAUGCAAGAUAAUUCAUCAAAUGGAAGAAAUAUGCACUGUCCAGGUUCUGCUGAUGCAAGUAGCUUCUCUAGAAUGAAGAAGUAUAAAAAGGGAAGAAAAGAGAAACCAGAAAAUGGCCCUGGCCAUAUAUUUGAUAUGUAUCAAGAAAAAGACCAUGACCUUGUUAGAUCGGGUAAACAACUGAACCCACUAGGGAUAACAACCACUCACCUACAACCACAAACACCUACAGAAACGAUUUCAUGUUCCACGACAGGUCCUAUCCCAGGUGAAUUUCAAUCAGAAAUUCUAGAGGGCUGUUUCAGCAUGUUCCCUCUAAAGUUUGGGGAAGUCAAGGACAAUGCUUUAUCUGGAAGAAAAUGUGAUCUAUCUAAUGAAAGAAUACACAAGAAACAGGCUGAAGACAGUGAAAAGGAAGAAAAGGAACUAUUAGUCUCAUACUCUAAUCCAAAUCAUUGUGGGGAAAUUAAAUGUGACUUGAUUAAAAUGAAAGGCAUGAAUCAGGAGAAAAAAGUUGCAAAUGAAACUUUCUCUUUGUCAAAUGUUGCACUGGAUGUUAAGAUGAACUGCAAAAUAGCAACAGGAAAACACUCACCAAAGGAAAAAACACCCCAUUCUACACAAAUGAAGCCAGAGAUAGUGUACCAUGAAGAGAUGGCUGCUUCAGAUGCCUUCAAAGAAAUUUAUAUUCAGGAUAAAGAAGAAAAGGAGAAUAAUGAUAAUGACACACUAUUAAAGUCACCCCCACAGAAUAGCCAGCAUUUUAUAUUUUGUUCACAUCAAAGCAGAGAUCCAACAUCUCAAAAAUUAGCAAAACAAAGAAGGAGGAACUUUCUGUUCAGUGAGAAACAAGAUCUGACACAGCAGGAUCAUUCAGCAGAUACAACUCAAAGAGAGUGUGACAUGUAUACAUCAGGUUCAAAGCUUGUUCCCCUAAAAUCAGAAGAACCACAAAUAGAUAACACUAACACUGACAGAACAAAGUAUGACAGCCCAGCUGAUGAGAUUCAUGCACAGGAACUGAGUAGUUGGGAUAGAUUGGAAAAAGAAAGGCUCAAAAAUGAUCUACAAGUAACCAUCCCAGAGUCUUUGACUAUCUCAACCCCUAGUGUACCAAGAUCUAAAAGGCAGGACACGGUGUCUGUAAACAAAGCUUUACAAGGUAAAAUGUGUUCAACUUGUGUAACUAUGAAAGGAAGAAAAGCUUCUGUUUCAAAGGUAUUGACUAUUGCACAAGGUAGUCAUAGAAAAAACCUGCUUCUAAAAACCUUGAAAUCACAGAUUUCUGAAUUAUUAGUACAUUCUUGUGUCUUACCUGAUAAUCUUAAUGGAAUCAAAUUGAAAGACCCAACAGCAGAGAAAAACAAAAGAUUGUUAACCCAGGAACUGGAAGCACCAAUGUCUUUGGCUUUCUCCACAUCUAUAUCUAAAGAGAGAGAGAAUUUAAAACUCAUGGAAAAUGGAGGUGAAAUGAGUACUAACUGUCUUACUGUUAAAGCAAGUAAGUCAGCAAUCUGUCAGACACUUAUUACCUCAAGAUUUGGAACACCAAAGCAAAGUAAAGCCUUGUCAGGUUCAUCCUUAAAUGCCACCUUCUUUUCUCAUAUGCCCGUGUCUCUUGAUGUUAACACAAGUAAUGGAAUAAAAGAUAAAGAUACAGUGUGCACAAUGGGAUUUAGUAGUGAGCUUUAUGGCCAGUCAGUACAUGAAGAAAGAGCUUGCAGUACACACUACGCCAACAAGGACACUGCGUCAAAUGGCACCAAACAUGUAAAAGGUCAAGGGGAUGAAGAGGACUCAUUGACUUCCCAAUAUUUCAGUUUUAGUUCCCAGAACAAAGCAAGGCCUAAUUCUGUGCAACCUGUUUUACAACUGACUAAUUCAGCAACACGUCCAGAAUUAGAGAGACCUCUAUAUCAUGAGCAAGCACAGCUAGUCAAUAUGAAUAACCUUCAAAGCAGCAAGGUAGGUGUAAUGUCUCCACUUCUAAAUACAGAGGAAUCUCAGACUGGCUCCAUACCAGUUUCUCUACAUCUUGGACAUGGGGACAGAAGCAAUGAGAGAAAACAGAGACACAGUCUGCAGCACCAGAACAAAUUGGAGCUGAGAAGAAAUGUACAAAACCUAGUGAUAGAAGCUAAUUUUGACUUAGGGUGCUUUACAUCCCCAGUUCAAAAGCUUACCAGAGUAAAACUGGAGAGAGGCAAGAUGAAAGAGAAAGAAAACACUCUUCCCCAGACAGUUCUGGAGAAGCCAUCCAGCCAAAAGCAAGCUGCAUGGUCAGGAUGCAAUGAUGUACCUAGAGAGCUAGAAGGAAAUGUUAAAGGAGCACAUGACCACUGCACUCUCAAGGACCUUCACCAGCAAUGUAUGCAACAAUUUCGGGUUAAGUCAAAGCACACUUGUAAGCUAGAAGAUUUACAAAGAAAGAUGUACUCUGAGUUAACAUCCCAGAAAGAUGAAACUGAUGACCUUGGACUAGAUACCUCAAGAACUAAAGGAGGAGCAAAUGUCUACCAUGACCCACAAGACAGUCUACAAGAGGAACUUCCCCUGAAGCAAGGGAUGUGGCCACCAGGAAUGGUUCUCCAGCCUAUGAAAAAAAAAUCUCAUUUCAGAAUGACAAAUGAACUCAUAACAAAACAAGACAUCAAACCAUUAGGUCCACAGAAGAUAAAGGGACUGCAAGUAAUGGAUAAGCCAUUAGGUUCAAAGGAAUCAUUGCUUAUUCCCAGGCUUACAGUACAGCAACAAAGUCUUUUCACAGAUUCUCCCCUAGGAUCUAUUUCCUCUCCUGCAACACAUCAGUCCCAUACUGAAGAUCCAAAAGAAGACAUGAAAACAUGUGAGAAAAACUUAAAGAAUUCAACUCAACAGCUGAAGAAACUCUCAAAUAAAGAAUAUAUUUCAGAAAUAGGUUACAUGCCAACAAGUAUUGAAAAACUACUCUUGCUUAUUAAGGAACAGGAAAAGAGAAGAAAAAAAAGUGGAGGGGGUAAAAAAAUUGAAAUAACAGAAGACAUAAAAAUGAGAGCACAAUUUAGCAACACAAUAAAGAAUGGUAUGUUCAGGCAAAGAUAUGGCACAGAGCCAAAAAGUAUGGCCACAUUGUGGAGACAGCAAAAGUGUGUACAAGGGAUCAGUCUAGACUACGUUUAUACAUAUAAGCUUAUAAACAAAAGAACAUCUUUCACACAAAGUGUCCUGUAUCACAAAAGAAUGAAAAUGAAGGUGAGGAAGACAACUUCUGGAAGGAUGCUUAACAUUACUGCGUAUAUAACCCAUAGCUACAGAAAGGAGCUAAGAUAUAGCAUUAAGACACAGAAGGAGCUGCUCCAAGGGAAAACUGUGGAAAAUUUACUUUGGAAGGGUUUUUGUGCUUCUAGCUAUAUUGCAUCUAAAGUAAAAAAGCUUAUGGAAGUAAACGAGAAGAAAGACACACCACAAAGACCAUAUAUUCCUCCACAGAUAAAUAUGAAGAAAAUGAAUGAAACUAAAAUGUUAUCUGUGCCACCUCUUGAUAAUACAAUAUCAAGCACUAUCAGAAAAUCAACACAACAUACUAUAAAGCAAAAAGAACAUCAAAUUGUUUUACUAGAUAUUAUCUCACAAAAUAAAGAUCAGUUAAUGACUGGCCAGCGGGUGGAGGAUCUGAGAUAUAUCAAUGUCCAUGGCCAUUUGGAAAAAGAAGCAUACUGUGCCAUGUUUCCAGACACUGGAGAAACUGAUUACAGUAGGAUUGAGGCCCAAAGGCACAGAGCAGGUACAGAAUUUGAAUUCUCCACUGCACAAAGAAUAAAGCAAGGAGUAGUUAAAGACUCCAUCAAACAUGCAUUUUCAGUUCCGCUUAGAAGAGGAGGACCCAUGAAGAUGAAUACUUCGAGUUCCAAAGGACAUGGUAUAUACUUCAUGGAGCUGGAUACUUUCCAGAAAAAGACAUUCAAGAUGCAAGAACUUCUUAAACAAGAAGGUACUUCCAGGGUAAGCUUGGGAUCCGUUGCUUGCCCAGUCAGGGAGUCCUUUGACUUGGAAAAUACUAAGGUACCUAAGGAAGUGGGAAUGUAUCAUAGCAUAAAAAAUAUAUCCCAUCUGUCUGGAAGAGAAAGAUUAAGGAAAACUGACACAGAACUAGGUUCCAAAGCACAGGCAUUUCUUUGCACAGAUCUACAUGACCUCCACAAGAUAGGUACAGCUCAGAAAGACUAUACAAAGUCAGGUCACAGGGCUAGAAUUGGUCUGAAUUCUGUACUUUGCCACAAGAGGGCUCCUCUCCACUUCACACCAGGCUUGAGGACAGUGAGAAAAGACAGUGGUUACAAUGAUGUAGGUGCCAAAAUGGAUCUCAAGGGAGAAAAAGAGGCAAAGCCAUCUGAUAGUAAAUUAAAAUUAAAUAAAAAGAAAGUGGACAUUUCCAAAAACUUGAGGGCAAAACAAGUGGCCAUUUUCACUCAGAAUAAAGAAAAAAUUCUGGAUUUUUUUUUAUUUUGUGUAUUACAACAACUUCAGGCUGAAAAUACGCAGAAACAGAUCUCUGCCAAAGCAUCUCUAAAUGCAAAAGUAAUUAACACAGAGAUAGGAAAAGCUUCAAGUGAAGUUAACAUUCUAAGAAAUCAAUCUCCACAUUCAGAAGGAGUUAACCUGCAUGCUAAAGGAGGAACAGAUUGCCAAGAGAGUGCACGGGAGGCUUUCCCAGUGUCUAACCCUCACCCUUUGGUGGAUACACAUAGGAUUACAUCACUGCAGGUAAAGAAAGCUUUAAAAGCAGUAGAUAAUCACACUUUAAAUACAGAAAAUGGAGAAUGGGAAAAAAGGAUAAAAGAACAAAACCAGCACCACCUGCCAUUUUCCCCUAAGAAUUUGGAGAACCGUUUAUUAUGCUUCCAAAACUAUUCUUGUGUCCAGCGACAAUUAGAGCCUCAGACAAAGGAAGCAUUGUCAGAGAUAGGCAAUGUGUCAAACAUGACAAAGGGAAUAGACUUGUCAUCUAAAGAGCAACAAAGUAUUGGGUAUGAAGGUAGAGGAAGGUGGAUUUUCCCCUCAGUUAGUCCAGAGCAAACAAAAGAACAAGAUACUGUGUUGCCUUCAGAGUCAAGCAAUAAAACUAUAAAAUGCCCACACCUUUUGUUGUCUAAAAUAAAGCAGUCAUCUGAUGGAGUACAGAUAAGUAAGCCAGUGUCAAAUGAUAGUUCCUCUAUGCUAAGAGCUCUGAAAAAGGAACUGUCAAACAAACCAAGUGAAAAGAAGCAAGAGGUGAUGUUUCUACUUAAGAUGUUCUUACAGUGCCCUUCAUUAUACAUGCAAUAUUUGCACAAAAAUGAAAACCAGACCAAUAACACAGAACAUAGAGGUAUGAAAGACACAAUAUACCCAAAAAGACAAUGCCUAAACUUGAAGAAGUUGGAACUUCCACUUAGUAGUUCCACUUACUGUAACCCAAGCAAUAAAGUAAAACCACAGUAUUACAAAAAAGAGAAAAUGGUAUGUAUGAAAGAUAGAAAGGAUAAACCAGGUUCAGUUGCAAUAAAAGCAUGUGACCCCAUCCCUUUGCCUCACUUUAAACUGGAUAAAGAAAAAAUUGAUGUGCUUAGCUCAAGUAAUGUAAAGCAAGAGAAAGAUAAAUCAAGCAAAGAGAAAAAUGGUAUAAAAGGAAUGAAGAUGAAGAGAAUAAUAGACUCUAAUAUUACCUUAAAGAUAGAGGAAUCAUCAUUGCCUUAUCCACCCCAUGGAAAGAGAUUAACUUCACUGUGUGACACUACAAAACAACAAGGCAGGGCACAAGAAGACCUAAGUAAAUCAGACAUGAAACCAACAAAAUCUUUUAUUUCAUUACCUUCUAUAUCGCAUACUGGUUUAAAUUCAAAAUUAAAAGUAGGAAAUGAUAAGUCAAGACCACUAAAGAGCUGCCUUCCACCACUAAAUCCCCUAGUAUCACUGAAAGGCAGAAAAGUACCAUUUUCAGGGGCCUUUAAUAGGGAAAAUUUAGGCAAUUUAAUAGAAUUAAAAUGUUUUCCACAAAGGAAAGACUAUAGGAACAAUAUGCUAGAUUUGAAAGAUAUAAUAGGCCUCAUACAUAUCACUCAAAAGAGAAAGAGACCAUCUUUUAAAUACAUGUUACAUGGAAAAGAACCAUGGUGGAACAAUAAAAUACAAAAAAAUAUUCAGGGCAACAAAACUAAUCUAAAUGUAGUUCAGAAUAAACCUCGGGAUUCAGUUCCUUCCUCAUCUUAUCAGGAAUGGGAUCCUAAAAUGAUGGAGGCAUACUUACAAGGAAUAACCAAGUUCUGCCUUAGCUCUCCAGCAAUGUUAGAAUUCUCACAUACAAUAGGAAUGUACCAGGAAGCAACUGAUGGUAUUUUAAGCAGUAUUGGAAAAGCAACACAUAUACCACUGAAAGACAGAUUGCAGAUAGCUUCCAAGGAAGUGAUGGAUUCCAGGAGACUCUCUUUGAGACAGAAAGAGUCUUCAGCAUCACAGGAGUUACUAUUUAAUGUUGAAGAAAAGGUAAAAAAGAUACAGGGAGAUAAACAAAUUAAAAACUGGAACAAACCUUCCAUAUAUUGUCCUUCUUACUCUGAAAUGAACAAAAGAAUAAAUGGAGAGGAAACUAUGCAAAUAAGAACCCAAUCUUUUAGUCAUCACUCAAAGCUCCAAGAAAUAAUUUAUAAAAAGUCUACCUUUGAACCUGUCUUGAACAGUGUAAAACAUUCCAUAGAAUAUUCAGUCCAGAAAGAAGAGGAGAGUACAAAAACAGAAAAAUACAUACAUAUAAAAGAAAAAUCAAAACGAGGGAAAUUCUGUCAAGGUAAUAACGAUAAAAAGAACUUGGAUCUGGAGAUGGAGCAGGGAGAAGGAGGAAGAGAUGGUCAAGGGCAAGAGAAAAGAUAUCCAGAAGAUGGAGUAAAAAAUAAAUGGAACCAUAAAUCUGACACUGAAGGGAACAUGAAUCACAACAGUAUAGAGCCAAGGAAAGCAGACCAAGAAGGGAAAAGCAAAGAGAAAGUAGCUCCUGAAGAUCUUCCUUCAAAGUCUUCCCAUGAAUUAGACAUCCGAAUAGAAAGAGAAGAAGGCACUAAAGAAAUCAUACAGUUAGCACAUUCACAAAAACAACAAAUCGAGAAGUUGCUUGAAACAGGAAAGUUUGGACUUACAAAGUCAACUGAGGAUGAUGAUAAGUCAAAUGUAAAAACAGGAAAACAGUGUGAGUCACAGACAUGGAUGGGUAGAAAAAAAAUUAUGGAUACAAAAGAUAUAAUGCAUCCCAAAGACACAGUUUCCAACAAAAAUCAGUUACCACUUUCACAUGUAUGCAGUAUCACCGAGCAUUGUGGCCCAAACACAACAGAUGAACAGACAAAUGUACAUGAAAACUUGAGACAUGUACAGGAAAGAAAACGCAAACUAGGUGAAAGUUUGACCAUUGCAUCUUUACUUUACAGUAAGCUAGACACAAAAAUCAAAGCCAAGGAAGCAACAUGGAUAGAAACAGGAUCCUUCUCUCCGUACUCACAGAGUAUGGAAUCUUCAGAUGUAGAAAAUUUAAAUUGUGCAUCAUUUUCUUUUAAUUAUAUCAUAAGUGAUUCGAAAAAAUCUAGAUGCAUGUUACAUAAAGAAUAUGGAGUGAAUACAUUUGAGAGAAUCAAAAAAAAACCCAAAGCCAAACAUGUGAACAUAAAGAAAUCAUCCCUUUCAUGUAUACCCAAAAUAAAGAGAUUUAAAGUGAAUCUCGAAGUGCAAAAUAAAGUGAAUCAAGAAGGCGGUAAGGAAAAAGUGAUGCUUCGGAGAGAAACAUAUCCUGUCGUCAUAUCUUCAGAUAUCUCUAAAUUAGGCAUAACAAAGGAAGUUGAAACAGAAAUAAUGCAAAGGCAUGUGCCAUACACUGUGCUACAAAAAACAUUGCCUAUAGGGCAAGUAGGAUCAACAAAGGCCAUUGAUAACCAUUCAAAAAAAAGAAAACUACAUCCAACAUGGGAAGAAGAGGAAGUACAAACUUCAGCCAUUGAGAGUUUGACACACUUGAGUGGCCCAAUUUUCAAGACAAAGAUAUCUGCACCUCCUCAUAUGUCCAGUGUCAGUGAAUACAGUGCCCUGAGCAAGAAAAAGACUCAUAGGUGGAGUCAUCAUGAAAAAACAAGACAUAAACAGAAAAGGGCAAGACACCAUAAUGUGAUUGCAACAAAAAGUGAUGUUUCUGCACCUUUAGGGCAAGUAGCAUCCACAAAGCUAAUUGCUAAAUGUGCAAAAAAGAGAAAACAAUAUCCAGUGCAAGAAGACGCAGAAACCUCAGCCAUAGAUGGUUCGACAUACUCCAGUGACAUAGUUUCAAGAGCAAAGAUAUCUAGACCUUCUCAUGUGUUUAGUGUCAAUGAGCACAAUAUUUCAAGGAAGAGGAAGACUCCCCAGAGGAACAAUGAAGAAAAGAUAGGACAGAAACAGAAAAAGGCAAGACAGUCUAAAAUGUUUGCAACAAAGAAUGAUACUUGCAUGCGUUCUAUAGCUCACAAUGGAUUGUCUCCUCUACAGGAUGAGUUUUUUAUGACAACAUGUACAGGAGAGCUCAUACGUGCAGGUUCAAAUGAAGGCAUUAUGCUACCUAAUGUAAUUGAAGCCAACCAACAAGAGUUAUAUAAAGAGGCAAAGGGCAGUGUAACAGGUGGCAAAGACAGAAUAACUUUGAGAGCAAGAAUAUCCAAACCUGUACAUUUGAAUGAUGGCAUGAUAACAACUUUUAAUAUUAAAGAGCAAAGAAAAGAUGUUGAGCAAGGCAAAAGUGAACAAAUGGUGGUUCUAAAGGAAACUACUUUCUUGCCUUCUCCAUCUUUCCUGAAGUCAGACACUGGAGUGAGUAAAGAGAAAGAUAUACUAGGAGAAAUGAGAGACAAAAUGAUGUCCAAAUCAGUAGAUGAAAAGGUAAAGACAUUACCACAAUCAAAUAUGCUCACUAUCAAAGAGCUGCAGAGGAAAGCCCAGGAAGAAAAACUUAUGGGUCUGACAAAUACAAUUAUAGAAUUGUCUGUAUCACAAUUGCAACCCAAGAAAUUUCCAGGUGCACAGAUGGCUGAUAAAGAAGUUUGCAGUGAGAAAAAAUUACUGAAAGAACAUGUGCCACAGAAAGAAAACUUAGGUAAAGAAAAGCAUGUGGAUGUAAACCGUAUAGUGCAACCCGAGAAUAUGUAUUUGACCACAAAAAAAUCGUCUGCUUUAUCUAUGAAGAAUUUAAGUGCCCUUCAGCGGAAAACUAGAGAGCAAGGGGGGAAGGUGAAAGAAGAUGGAAGCGAGCUGGGUGUAGCAUUAACUAAGAAAUUAACUAAGAUAAUCACUGCUAUGUCUUCCCAACCUAUCCUUACUGUGAAUACCGGAAUCGAAGAAGUGUGUGCGCCAAUGUUAACAGGAUCCUCUGCUUCCAUGGGACACUUACAGAAGUCAACUGAUUCUGAAGGAGGUAUUUACAUACAGUCAGUUACCAGAGAUACUUCAGUUAAUCUGCAAAAUGAAAAACAACAUAUGUCAGAAGAAAAAGAAGCUGGAACACAAAUAACAAAAAUUCUAACAACUCACAAGUAUCAAGAAACAAAGGUGCAGAAACUUAAAGAUGAACAAUGCUUGGUUUUGACUAAAUCUCUUUCAUUACCAGAUCUGACUCAUCCCAAAUUGUAUGAGAAAAUAGAAUUCACAGAACGAAGAUGGAGAAAUGAUGCUUUGCAGAGAAUACCAACUGAAGAAGAAACUGUACCUAAAGAGGCCAUUGUUGGUGAUACCGUGAAAGAUGUUAUAAAACAACAUACGUCUCAGAGAGACAAGUCAUAUAGAAAAGAGAUAAUAGAUAGGAGAGGCACAGAUGUAACUUUGAAAUCACGAAAAUCACCUCUGUCCCAGAAGCUCCACAGAACAGAACUAUAUAUACAUAUUAAAGCACCCAAACCAAAAAAACAUGAUGACAACAAAAGUAAGCCUGAAAUUUUAACAAAUAUGUAUACUCCUCAGCCUUCUCCAAACAAUGUUACCUUGUGUAAAUAUGCACAAGUAGAUGAAGAAAGACUAGAGAGUAAACGAUCUUCCCUACUCCCACAAAUGGUUCCAGCAUUAUCAGAUGCAGAAAAAAUGACAGACAAAGACGACAUGUGUGGUCAUGUCAGAAAAGGAAAACAAUAUACAGAACAGGUAGGAAAAACAGUAGACUUGACAACUGAGGUGCAUUGCAAAGAGGCAAAGGCCUCACAAAAUUUACAUCCUCUUAAUAUAAAGGAACUUGACCUGAAUAUGAAGGUUCUGGAGGAAAAAGGAUACAAAUAUAAAAGUGAACUGGUUGUGGCCACAACACAGACUUUCAUGUCCAUACCAUCAACAGCUUCUAGAUAUUCACAGGAAAAAACACAGAAAGGCACAGCAGAAUGUACUGAAUUUUCUUUUUCACAAGAAAAUUUCCAGGAACCAGCAUAUGCUCAAGAAACAGCAACCAGAGAGCCUGCUGAGGUUGAUAGCAACUGUAUUGUUAAAGCAACAGAACACGAUGUGUUACUGAAACAAGCCAAGCCACAGAAGUCAAAGUACGUGACCACUGCCCAACAAAUAAGUGGACAUCCACAAGUAGAAUCAGAGUGUGAGUCAGCUUUCCCAAAUCAUAAAAUUGAUCUCACAAGAUUAGGUACCAUAAAAAGGGAAAAAAUGUUGGACAUGUCCAUCAAAGGGCAAAAAGUUCAGCCAGAAAAUUUUGAGAAAGAACCUUUAGCAAAAAUUGGAGAUUGGAAGAAGGAAAGUGAAAUCAAAGAUAAUUUAAAUAAUAAAGCAAGACCCAAGUUUUCAAGUAAUGCUAUGAUAAGCAAAAUGCUAACUUUAGAAAAUAUAUCACUUGACAAACUAAGCAUUGUACAUUUGAGCAAGUCUCAAGAUAAGAAAGAACAAAAUGUGAUCAUGAAAGAGCAAAUAAAGCCAAAAUCCUUUCCUUUACUUAAUGUUCUAGUUAACAGCACAAAUCAGAGGACACCUUUACAAACAGAUGUGGACAAGAAACCUGUAGUCAAUAUCAGUUCACAAAUAGAGUCAGGGGUACACAUGAGGAACAAUUACCUCGCCCAGGAAAAGCUUAAAAAGAAACUAGAGUUAUCUACUACAAAGCAUAACUUUCAAAAAGAAAAAUCGCUUCAAACAAACAUUCUUGACUCAUUGUAUGCGUAUAUUCCUAUUUAUCCUAAAAGUCAGGAAAGUGGAUUCAUAGUAACAAACCUGAAACCCAAACAAUCAACUAUGAGAAUCUCAGAGCACCCCAUUACAAAGAUACUUAGUGUCGUAGGAUGUGGUGGUUCAAGCAGUGAGAACAAAUCAGAACAUGGCUUCAGCAAACCAAAAACCAUGGCUCCAAGUAGUAAAGAUGUCUCCCCAGAAGUCAUUAUCAGAAAUAUUUGUGUUUCUACGAUAAGCCCACCUCACAAUGAAGGAACAGUUAAAUCAAAAACAAACCCAAGUAGGGAAAAGGGAAUCUGUCAUUCUGAAUUCCAAGAGAAGUCACCAGAUGCUAGAAAAACUAAGGACAUCAUAACAUAUAGAAACUCAUUUGAGAAGAAGGAAGCUGCUUCAGGAACUGUGCCCACAACACUUCAAGAUAAAGACAAUGAAAACACAUCACUUGCAGAAACAUUGUUUCCCAUUUAUAAAGCACUUAAAUGUAUUUUUGAAGAUCCUGUUGAAAAUAAGAUCCCAAACCAAGUUCUUUCUGAAAUACUGAAGCAAGUAGAAACCUACAAGUCUGAUGAUGCAAAGGUAUCUCCUUUGCUGCAGAGUCCAAACACAUCAUCAAAAAUACAUGCCACAUUGCUACACACGCCUCUUUUAAAACAGCUAACUCCAGAAUUAAAAAAUAAGCUCUCUACGCAUUUAAUUUCUAAAGCACUUGACAUAAAACCGAACCAGAAACCAGAGAUAGUGAGCACAUCCUUACAGAACUAUAACUCUCACGGUCAAAGGGCUAUUUCGGAAGAUUCCAAUUGCAGGCUUUUUCUAAAAGAUACAAAAAUAGAUUUUAGUUCUCCAAAAGUUGAUACCAUACAUACUGAGUUAAAAAACAGUUACCAAAGAGAUUUUCCUCUUCUCAGCUUGGUGAAGACAUCAACAACUAAUGUGUCAAGUAGCAGCAAGAUGGUCAUGACAGAACCAAGGGGCAUCAAAAAGCAAGAAACCAUAACUUCAUUAGCAACUUUGAAUAAUCUUCCGUUGAAGCACAUUCUUCACAAGUUGUCAGAGAAAGAAAAGGAUGACCUUCUUGUGCACCUUUGUACAAAAAGACUGGAGAUACAAACAAUGGGCCUUCCCAGAAUUGCAGAACAAUCUUAUUCAAGGGCCUAUGCCCAGGAAAAAUCAAAACCCGUAUUUAAGUGUAUCCAUUCUGCCCCACAAGGACCAAAACGAACAAACAGAGUUUUAGUACUCUUUGAUGAAAAAUCUUUUUCUGACAUUGACUGUGAUUUGCAAUACAAAUACCUCCACUCACUCCCUAAACCUUCUUUCACUGUGGUCCCUAAGCCAAAUGCACUUACCAAACACACUUCCGAGUUAAGCACUGAUUCCAGCUCAAAAUGUAUAAAAGUUGAAGCUAGUAAGGAAAGUACUACUCUUUCCUUUGACAAAGAACUUGUUUCUUUCCCAAAGGAAAAUACACAAGAAAGCUCAUUACUCUCCAGAAAAUUCCAGGAGCCUACUAACGUACAUGCCUUUUACUCUGGUCUACAAGGUACAGAACAGAAUGAUAGAAUUCUUUCGGAUUUAAAUGUACAGAUAACACCAGGAAAUGAUAAGCAAAGUUAUGUAUGGUUACACGAAACCAAUUCAUACAAACAUUCUGUUUCAGGGACUCAGCAAAAUACUGCUGAUUUAGCUGAUUCACAUUCAUCGUCGGAUGAGUGGACUGAUGUCCCUCUAGACACUGAGACUUCAACUGAAGCGGAAUGUCCAGCUCCUGAAGAAACUGGCAGCGACCAUUGUGUGCUUAUACAAAGCAAUUUUCAUUUAACACAGGAGUUUGCGUUUGAGGAACCCAAAGAUGUUCCAUUGGCAUAUAUCCACAAAGUCAAUGAAGCAAGAUAUUUGAAACCAUUUUACCAUAAGUAUCCAAGUGACAAUCAUACUAGAAUCUAUAGAAAACAUACACCCCAUUGCUAUCAGUUUCAAAAUAGGAGGAAAUGUAGGUCAAACUCCAAAAUGCAACCUUCUGACUCAUGGUCUCACAGUUCGUCCAAUAGUAUUGAAAUUGAGUCUACAUCAUCUUCCAAAACGUUCCAUGAAGAGAAGCAUUGGACUAUGGCCAGGUGGAGCAGAACAAGCUACUCUUUAACCUCAACAACAGAAUCCAAUACUAAAUUGAAUCUCACAAAAAAACAUGACAAGUCUCACAUGUACCCACAACCCACAGAAAGAAGGGAGGCUAAAUCUUAUUUAUGGAGAAAGUCCAGUGUCCACUGGGAUUCAGAUGGCAAUCACUCACAUGGUGAGGAGAAACGAUCAUGGAAGAAGAGACUAUAUCAUUAUAAAUCAAAAGAGCCAAACUCACAAGAGCCAAAUGCUCAUUGGCAGAAUAUCAAAUUCUAUUCAGAAAGAAGGGAAAACCAGCCUUUUUUUUAUGCCUGUGUACCAGCAGAUUCAAUGGAUAUUAUCCCCCAAACCAUUCGCUGGGUUAUUCCCAAAAAAAUCUUACAGAAGAGAAAGUUCAAAAUUCCUCAAGUGGCAAAGAUUUCAAAUUCUUGGAAUCUAUGGAAUUCAUUCAACAAGGUUUUGGGAUCACUUGCAGCCUUUAGUAAAAUCUGAUAUGGUUGA